AUGGCUUGGACAGGACAUUCUCAGGUGCCUGUGAUGAUUGCCACAUCACUUCACCCAGAUUGUCAAUACACUGUUCGAGUUCGUGCCAUCAAUCGUGCCGGCGCUGGCCCUUGGAGCCUGGGCUUUUCAGUGCGGACACUGGCCAAACCACCCGCGCCGAAGCCGCCACAGGUCGCAGCAGUUGGCAAGAACUACGUGAAGCUACGCCUGUUUGCUGAGAAGGUCCCAGAUCUCACCGGAUAUUUGGUCAAGGCCAAUUUUCGCAAAUCUUCUGAUCCGGAGACUUCCACUGACAGCCGACUUGAGAUCCUGAAGAGAUGCGACCCCAAGCAGACAGAAAUUCUUUUCACCGGCCUGCUGAGCUCGACCAACUAUCGAUUUUGUGGGGCCUUGAUCAAUGCUACUGGACAAGGGCCGUGGAGCAGUCGUAUCGAGGUCCGUACAAAGGCCGGAGAACCGCACCCUCCAGAGUUCCUGACGUGUGUGGAGGCCAAGCAAGAAGAGCUCUGCAUCGACUGGGGACCGCCAACGCACGAUGGUGGUGCGAGCAUUUCUGGAUAUGUCAUCCGGGCAGAGCCGCUUGGGCAAGCGGCGCUAGGGGCCACAGCCAGAGUGGUGGAGAGGGUGGCGGCUUCUUCUCCGACAUGGCUUCGCGGCCUAUCAGGAAACACGAGAUAUGGUGUAGUGCUGGCUGCUUUGAACAACAUUGGACAGAGCAACUUCUGCGAUGCGGUGGAGAUGCAAACGGCAGCCGUGCGUCCCCAGCCGCCGCGAAAUCUCGAAGUCUCCGAUGCAGACGAUGGGUGUCUUUGGCUGAGGUGGAGCCCUGGGUUGGAUGAUGGUGGUGCGCCCAUUCUGGGCUAUAGAAUCCAGGCACUACCGCCGAGCCCACAAAUGCCGCUUGAGCUCCACGUUGUUGCAGGCAGCCUCAGCGGCUGUGUGGGGGACGCAGGGCAACCAGCCGAUGGCCGUGAAGGUGUGAGGCUGCCCGCUUUGAGCGCCGGCGUGCGGUACACUUUCCACGUCUUUGGCAGGAAUCAAGUGGGUGAGUCAGAGAGCGCCGAUCUUUCCAUGGAGACGGAGCCCGGCCCACCAGGUGCUCUGAAACCGCCGCGGCUGCGGCAGCCAGCUGAGGGACCUCUUCGAGUGCGCUGGAGAGCGCCACAGGAUGGCGGAAGUCCGGUGAUAGACUACGAGGUCCUUGUAGCCAUCGAUGGUGAGUCGCAGCUUGUUGCGGCAUUGCUCGUGCAGCACACGGAGGUCAAGAUCAGAGGCCUAGACCCACACCGGAACUACGUCUUUGCUGUGCGUGCUCGCAACGAGUACGGCUGGAGCUCUCAAAGUGGUUGGUCAACGAGGUCGGAGCACGCCACACCGCCUGCGCUGCGAUUGGUUCGAGAAACCUCAACUGCGAUCGAGAUGUCCUGGGAGCCGGCAGUGAGCGACAUGCAAGUGCUGGACUAUGAAGUCUGGCUAGAUGAGGAGGACCCAAUUCCUCGCUCGGGGGCCGCAGAGGAGAAGCGGGUACGUACAAGCCAAACGUCUGCAACAAUUGCAGAUCUCAGGCCGUCCACUCGUUACAUUUGCCAAGUCCGUGCCUUGAAUUCAUGCGGCUGGUCGCCGUGGUCGCUGCCUUCCAUCGCCUGCACGAAGUCAGACAAGGACGAAACACAUGCACCACAUGCAGCUACAAACCUGGGAGAGGCUGCAGGGCAGGACAGACCAAGCUCUGACAAGGUCUCCAGCAGACUUCUCCAGGCGGCUGAGGACGCGCCACUGUGUCGUGCGUCCGGGUGCUUGCCCUUCGGCAAAGGUGAUUCCCAGCCGACUGCCUCACCCAGAAUGUCGCUUGCAAGCUGCAGCUGGUUUCAAGCACCGACCCCGUGGCGUGUGCGACAGCGUCUGCUUCGCAGGCUGCAUUCCCCAACUGAAAACAGCCCUGCAAGCUCAGAAGAUAAGCCGGAGAUCCACGAAUCGCAAGAUGCUGCCAUUGUUUAG